GAUAAAUAGAUGAAAAAUAUAAAAUGACAUUUAAAAGAAUAUGUUUUCGAUAACUAUUUAAGUGUAUGUUCGGAAAAAUUUUAAAAACUCCUGAAAAGCAAGUCUAAAUAGUUUUAAAAAAAAUAACUUAUCGACUUUUUGAGUUGCAAAAGUAUCAAUUUAAAAAAACUCGAAAAAUAAGUUAGCUGAUAUUGUGUCUCGCCAAACACAACCUAUAUAGAUUUAAUCUUGAGAAUUAUAUGGUAAAUCUUCCAUCAAAACUGGUAGCCUCGACCCUCUAGUUGAAUCGUCACUACUUUUUCCUCUUUUGUUAUAAUUUUCAUAACCAACAAAUAUUAAGGGGGUGUUUGGAUAAAUUAGAUUAUAACUUAUUAGUUUAUUUGCGGUGGAAAUAAGCGCUAAGCAAUAAACAAUAUGAGAUAUAUUUAUUAAAAUCAGCUUAUUUAGUCUAUCCUUACCAUAAUAAUUUUUAAGGAUUUUUAUCCAAACAUUUAAACUUAGUUUAUUGUGGUGGAAAUAAGCAAUAAACAUCGAAUUUUUUUCCCUAUCCAAUCACCUCUCACAUACGAUCAACAAUGCCAAUUCAAAGAUUAACAUGAUAUACAAUUACAAUUUAUAAAGUUAUGAGUAACACUUAAGUCAAUCUACACUUUAAUUUUCUUUCUAUCUAACUAAAAGCAUCUACACUUUAAUGUAUAAAAGUUUUCUAUAUGGAGUUGGGUUUUUUUUUUUCGGGUUCUAAUUAUAUUAUAUAAUUUUAACUUAUUAUAUGAAAAUAAAUAAAGUUCAUGGAUUUAUAAUAAUUACCUUUUAAGUCCUCAAACAUUAAUAGUAUAUCACGCGAAAUGGUUCCCGCUGGUUUUCAUCAAGUGUGACUUCUAUUUCGAAAAGGAUGGCGUAGCCCUUUAUAUUCAUCCAUCAUUCAGUAUCCUUCCCAUUUUCCCCAUGUUCUCUUCCAUGUAUUCUCUGUGGCUGCAUCCUCUCAUUUUCAUUCGGAAAAUCAUCUCGCUACAAUCGUGGGAUGGCGUCGUCAACCGUUUUCUGGUGACCUUCGCCGAUGCCAUUUUAUCCGUUUACUUCCGCUACUGCGGCCUCUCCCUAUCCACCGUCCACAUCCACAACAACCAAACCACGAUGUACAUUUGGGGAGCCAAACACUGCAACAGCAACAAGCCGAACCUUGUACUCAUCCAUGGAUUUGGGGGAAAUUCCAAAUGGCAGUUCAUUUUGCAAGUAACUCAGCUGACACGUGAUUUCAACGUCUACAUACCGGAUCUCGUAUUCUUCGGUGAUUCCUACUCUAGUAUACCGGAUCGUAGCGUUAGGUUUCAGGCGAAGUGUGUGUGCGAUGGGUUGAAGAAAUUGGGAGUGGCGAAGUUUUCCGUGUAUGCCAUCAGUUAUGGGGGAUUUGUUGGCUACCGGAUGGCGGAGGAGCAUGAGGAAAUGGUGGAGAAAUUGGUGAUUGUUAGUAGUGGGAUUGUGUGUAAGCAGGAUCGGAAAUUGGAGCAUGUUAAAAAGAUAGGGCGGAGCGUGGUGGAUUUGUUGGUGCCUAAGACACCGGAGGAUUUACGGGUAUUGUGCCAGAUGACGAUUCAAAGGUACGACGUCGGUAGGUGGAUUCCGGAUUUCUUUCUUUGGGGGUUUAUUGCUUUUGAAUGUUGCAUGAAGGAAAAAGAAGAACUGGUACUUGAUUUGCUCAACGAGAAGCCCGAUAUUGUUUAUCCAGUCCUCACACAGGAAACGCUUCUAAUAUGGGGUGAUAAAGAUGCGGUCUUCCCUCUUGAUUGGGGACAUCAGCUUCAUAGGCAUUUGGGUGGAAAAUCGAAGAUAGAGAUAAUUAAGAAUGUAGGGCAUGCAAUAAAUUUUGAAGCUCCUCACUCGUUGAAUCAAUUCAUUACAUCCUUUGUAUCAGCCUCGGGUUAAUUGAAUUCCUUAUUAAUGAAUAUAAUCAUUCUUAAGAUUUAUUCUUCAAACAAAAAUGUAUUAAUAUCUGUUUUUACAUAUUGUUUUUACACAUUAUUUUUGAUGGCCUUGUAUAUCUACAUUUAGUCAUUUGUGGUUUGAACUAUCACUAUCAUGUUAUUGAUUUUACGACUUCAAAGGUGGUUGUUUUGUUUCAAUGUAAUUAGUGUUUGUCUAUGGCCAAAUGUAAGCCGAUGAGUAAAAAGUAAACAAAAGAAAGGGGUGAGAUGUCUAGAGAAUUAAUUAAUUGAUCACAGUCAAAUGACAAGAAAAGGAGAACGAUCGCUAGUUGGUAACGCUAGUUUUUAACAGAACGAGACGUUUAAAAAUAUAAGGCCGGACGGAAUGUAAGCG